AUGCCCGACUUCACCGACCACCUCAAACCCGCCUCGCCCUCAGGACCAGAAACAUUAUCCCACGAACGCGCCCAAUCCGACCUUCCCGUCGAAGAAUUGUCCCAACACCUCCUCUCCCGCAACGACUUCCUCCUCCGACAACAACGCAUCCUCCCCAUCCUCGAACAGGACCCUCUCUUCAACAAACUCAAACAAAGCAACCUCUCCCGCCCGGAGCGCUAUCAACUCGGCCUGGCGCGUGCGAAGAAGCUGCGACGCUAUGCCGAUCAGUAUGGCUGGGAUCGCCUCGAUCAGGAAAUGUCCACGUACCUCUGUGACGAUGUCAGUCCGUAUAUGGUCCAUGCGACCAUGUUCGAGACGACGGUGAGGGAGCAGGGCGAUGAGCGGCAGAGGGCGUAUUGGUUGCCGAAGAUCGAGGCGUGGGAGGCGAUCGGAUGUUAUGCGCAGACGGAGUUGGGCCACGGGAGCAAUGUUCGUGCGAUCGAAACGGAGGCUCGAUGGGAUCCGAGCUCGAAGACUUUCACUUUACACUCUCCCACAUUGACCGCAAGCAAGUGGUGGAAUGGCAGUAUGGGCCGCACAGCAAACCAUGCCAUCGUGGUCGCGCAGCUCUUGAUUCCUCGUCAAGAUCGUCCGGGAGAGUUCAAAAGCCAUGGACCACACCCUUUCAUUAUACAAAUCCGAGAUCUCAAGACACAUCAACCUCUCACGGGAAUCGUGGUUGGAGACAUAGGACCUAAAUAUGGAUAUGCUCCCAUGGAUAAUGGUUACAUGUUGUUUGAUCAUCUCCAAGUCCCUCAUUCGGCAAUGCUUUCUAAUUACUCCCGAGUCGAUGUCAACACUGGAACUUACACCAAGCCUUCGAAUCCAGCUGUGGUUUAUGGAAGUCUAACAGCCGUGCGAGCAGCAAUCAUCAUGCACGCACGUCUGAUCAUCGCACGGGCUGUGACGAUCGCUGUACGAUAUACAUGCGUGCGAAAACAAUUUCGAGAUCGGGACAGUCGGGAUCCCUCAUCGCCCGAACUCUCCGUGCUCGACUACUCGACGGUACAGAUUCGAAUUCUUCCUCUACUUGCUACUGCUUUUGCGUUCCACUACACCGGCGAGGCCAUGUACAACCUAUACACCAACACACGAGCAAACAUCAGCCAGGGCGAUUUCAGCAAGUUGACAAUCCUGCAUGCGCAGUCGUCCGGCUUGAAAAGCUAUUGCACCGAAAUCGCCGCGAACAGCAUCGAGACGUGUCGUCGUGCUAUGGGCGGGCAUGGCUUCGGUGGAGCCAGUGGUUUCAUCCAGCUCAACAACGACUAUCUUUCGAAGCCGACCGUGGAAGGCGAUAACUGGAUGAUCACGCAGCAAACAGCCAGCUAUCUGAUCAAACGCAUGGAAGCAGCCGUCAAAAACGAAGGUCCCGCACAGGAUGAAAUGGAAGCCUCCUGUCGCUCGUGGCUGCUUCACGAGCAGAAGGAUCCCAAACCAUAUGCCAUCUUUGACGAUGAUGAGGCUCUAGUCCAGGCCUUCCGCCGUCGAUCCCGCUAUCUAACAUAUCAAGCGCACGUCCAACGCAACGUCCAAAAGCGCGAGUGGAACAGCAUCCUCGUCCUCCUCCGACAGAUCAGCCACGCGGAAUCCCAACACCUCCUCGUCUCCAACUUCCACGCCGCGCUCACCUCCGACUCCCUCUCGCCGACGCUCCGUCAACACCUGACCCUCCAAUUCCGCCUCUUCGCCUAUACAACCCUCGAGACCUCCGCGCGCGACUUCUCCAAAUCAUCCGCCGUCUCCGAAUCAGACCUCGACUUCUUGCCCACAAAGAUCCAGGAAACAAUGCAAUCGAUCCGGCCGCACGCGGUGCGUUUGGUGGAUGCCUGGAAAAUCCCGGAUUUCCUGUUGGAUUCUGCCCUGGGGAGGUAUGACGGGAGGGUCUAUGAGGACCUGUUCGAUCGCGCGCAUCGGAGGAAUCCGCUGAAUGAAGUCACGUUUGACCCGGAUUAUCGGAGGGAGGAUGUUGUGAUGGGAGAUGGAGGAGAGGGGCUCAGGAGGCUUUUGGCGAAACUGUAA